AUGAGGGUGACUGAUCACCCUCUCUUUAAGGACGCGUAUAACCCAGGGUCCACGGGCGCCGCAAGACUACACCGGGGAAGCAGGAUCAACAGGUCCGGCGACCCAGGAAGCAAGAGAUACAAGGGUGACAGGUGGUUAUGGGGCCCUUGGAGCAUAAUAAUCGACUGCGUUAUCUUGCUCACGACGCAAUUUGGACGCGAGUUCCACCGAGGUGUGGCCGAUGCCUUGUCCGAGCUCGCUCCGGUGACUAUUGGACUUUGA